GUACAUUACGUUUGAUAGUCAACAAUCAUGGGUGUGUUACUUGCUCUAGUAGUGGUUCUUUUAGUUGCAUCAGUCGAACCAAGGAAUCUAGAAAGGAUCGUUGGUGGCGGUGCAGCGGCCUUGAAUCAAUACCCAGCGAUAGCAGCUUUAGUGGCCGAAGAUAGCCCAACAGUUUUCAGCCUUAUUUGUGGUGGCACCAUCGUUAGCACGAGAUCUAUUCUCACAGCUGCGACGUGCACCUUUGGGCACACGGAACACAGAUUUCGAAUACGUGUAGGAUCCCUCAAUUUUGGAUCCGAUGGUAUCCUCUUACACGCCAACUCUAUUAUCAACCAUCAACAAUACAACGCCGUAACAAGAAUCAACGAUAUAUCCAUAAUUCGCACCACAGAAGUCAUUAUUUAUGGGAGUAACAUCCACCAAGCAGCCCUUCCGCCGACUGCCAAUUAUAACAUAGGAGUCAACCAACCUGUUUGGGCAGCCGGUUGGGGAAAUACUAAUCUACCUUCUCUAACACCUACUCCUCUGCAAUUCGUUGAAUUAAGGCCAGUGACCCAGGCAACCUGCACAACUCGUUAUAGAGAGCUUGGACGCACCAUUAACGCCAAUAUGUUGUGCGCCGGCUUGCUCGACUUUGACGGUCGUGGUCCAUGCCAGGGUGACGAGGGUGGUCCGCUCUUCGACAAUGGUAUCGUCGUCGGCAUAUACUCGUUCCGAAACGGAUGUACUCAGUCCCGCUACCCCAAUGUGUUUACUCGUACGUCGCGGUACCUUACUUGGAUACGUAACAAUCUAUAAAAUCAUGCAUCUAUGUUUUAUGAAAAUAUAAGUCACUAAUUAAUACAUAACUGAUACUUUAAUAAGACAAAUAAUAAAUUAUUAAAGC